AUGAGCCACACUCGCGGUCUCGUGUCGUCCGCCCAGGCCUUGCGCCAGAUCUUCAUCACACCUGGCCGCAUCUCCAGAACUGCCAUUCUUCCCAAUACUCUGCGAAAUGGAGUCCAGAUUCGAUUCUUCCAACAGUCACAUUUCCUAUCUCUCCGUGAAUACCGCCCACCCAUCCAACUGCCCCCGAAAAACGAGGCUAUUACUGCAAGAUUCAUACAACUGGUCAACGAAGAAGGCAACCUAGAAGCCCCAACCAGACUCGAAGAGGUCCUUCAGUCCUUCGACCACAAAGAUCAUUUCCUUAUGCAGGUUCAACCCGCAAAUGGUGAUCAACUUCCGGUGUGCAAAGUCUUCAACAAGAAGGAAGUGCGGGCAACCGAAAAAGCCAAGGCCAAAGCGUCACGAGCAACCAAGACUUCAGUGAAGUCAAUCGAGUUGAACUGGGCCAUCGAUGCCCAUGAUCUCUCACACCGGUUGAAACAGCUCACAACCUUUUUGGACAAAGGUCGGAGGGUGGAGGUCAUUUUGACCGCAAAACGGCACAAGCGCAAGGCAACCGUAGAUGAGAUCAAGCAUGUCAUGCAGAGAGUACUCAACACUGUGAGAGAGGCUGGUGCUAAUCAGACCAAGGCGAUGGAGGGCGAACCUGGAAAGCAAGUUACCUUCACCGUGCAGAAGGACAAUUAG